AUGUCGAUUGCACCUCGUGCUGUUCUUAUCACUGGUGCCAACAGAGGUCUCGGAUUAGAAUUUGUCAAACAGAUCGUCUGCUUUGCUACGCCACCAAAAUAUUUGUUUGCAACAUGUCGGAAUCCGGAUACAGCCACGUCUCUUCAAGAAGUUGCCAAGUCGCACUCCUGUGUAAAGGUUAUGAAAUUGGACGUAUGCGACUUCAAUAGUUUUAAUAACUUGAAGGAGAACAUUUCCUCGAUGCUAGAAGGUGAAGGUCUUAACUUUAUAGUGUGUAAUGCUGCUAUACAUCUUCGGUCUGGCUUCGCGGACACCACCCCGGAACUGAUGACGUCAGUGUACACAACCAACGUUGUCGCACCGGUCACCCUUGCACAGACAUUCGUUCCGCUGCUGAAACUCGCUGCCCAGAAAUCAUCGGAAAAAGGGAUGUCCUGGCACAAAGCCGCACUAGUCAACAUGUCGUCCAUACUGGGGUCAGUGGAGAGUAACCAGUCCGGUGGUCUAUACCCCUACCGGGCAUCAAAGGCAGCACUUAAUAUGGUGACGAAGAACCAGAGUAUCGAUUUGAAGACGGAUGAGAUCCUUGCUGUCGCUGUCCACCCGGGGUGGGUCCGUACUGAUAUGGGUGGACAAGCGGCUCCCGUCUCACCGACUGAGAGUGUCCAAGGCAUGCUUAACGUGUUUUCCUCUAUGUCAGAAGAAACCAACGGUACACUUGUCGACUUCACUGGUACAGUUUUGCCCUGGUAACAAGUCUUCAAGGCUAUACCUUAAAUUUCUUUUAUCCAGAAACAAUUUUUUUACAAAAUUGACAAAGAUUUUGUUUUUAUUCAGAAUUUCCUGUCUUUUUGAAGUUUUAUAUUUUCCCCAUUGUUUCCAGUUAACGAAUUUAUUUUAACAAUGCCCUAUUCUUCUGUGAUAAUGGGCGUUAUAUACGUAUCAUGUGAAGUAAGGAUUUGUUGAGGUAGACAGUUCUAUACAAAUGACGGCUGUCAUUGUUUUCUAAAACGUGUAAGAUAUUGAUGUGACACUUCUAAUACCGAGAUAAUUCCUAUAGUGAUGACGUCGAAUUUGGCCAAUGAGGAGCUUUAUUUUGAUUUUUGUAACUGCAUUCCUUCUGCUCUAAUUUGUCCACUGAUGAGGCAUCGAUCCUUUAUACUGACUGAUCGACUAUCACGUGAUCCUUUAUACUAACUGAUCGACUAUCACGUGAUCCUUUAUACUGACUGAUCGACUAUAACGUGAUCCUUUAUGCUGACUGAUCGACUAUCACGUGAUCUUUUAUACUGACUGAUCGACUAUCACGUGAUCUUUUAUGCUGACUGAUCGGCUAUCACGUGAUCUUUUAUGCUGACUGAUCGACUAUCACGUGAUCCUUCAUACUGACUGAUCGACUAUCACGUGAUCUUUUAUGCUGAUUGAUCGACUAUCACGUGAUCUUUUAUGCUGACUGAUCGACUAUCACGUGAUCCUUUAUACUGACUGAUCGACUAUCACGUGAUCCUUUAUACUGACUGAUCGACUAUAACGUGAUCCGUUAUACGGACUGAUCGACUAUCACGUGAUCCGUUAUACGGACUGAUCGACUAUCACGUGAUCUUUUAUGCUGACUGAUCGACUAUCACGUGAUCCUUUAUACUGACUGAUCGACUAUCACGUGAUCCUUUAUACUGACUGAUCGACUAUAACGUGAUCCGUUAUACGGACUGAUCGACUAUCACGUGAUCCGUUAUACGGACUGAUCGACUAUCACGUGAUCCUUUAUACUGACUGAGCGACUAUCACGUGAUCUUUUAUGCUGACUGAUCGACUAUCACGUGAUCCUUUAUACUGACUGAUCGACUAUCACGUGAUCCUUUAUACUGACUGAUCGACUAUCACGUGAUCCUUUAUACGGACUGAUCGACUAUCACGUGAUCCGUUAUACGGACUGAUCGACUAUCACGUGAUCUUUUAUACUUACUGAUCGACUAUCACGUGAUCCUUUAUACUGACUGAUCGACUAUCACGUGAUCCGUUAUACGGACUGAUCGACUAUCACGUGAUCUUUUAUACUGACUGAUCGACUAUCACGUGAUCCUUUAUACUGACUGAUCGACUAUCACGUGAUCUUUUAUACUGACUGAUCGACUAUCACGUGAUCCGUUAUACGGACUGAUCGACUAUCACGUGAUCUUUUAUGCUGACUGAUCGACUAUCACGUGAUCCUUUAUACUGACUGAUCGACUAUCACGUGAUCCUUUAUACUGACUGAUCGACUAUCACGUGAUCCUUUAUACUGACUGAUCGACUAUCACGUGAUCCGUUAUACGGACUGAUCGACUAUCACGUGAUCUUUUAUACUGACUGAUCGACUAUCACGUGAUCCUUUAUACUGACUGAUCGAAUAUCACGUGAUCUUUUAUACUGACUGAUCGACUAUCACGUGAUCCGUUAUUCGGACUGAUCGGCUAUCACAUGAUCCUUUAUACUGAUUGAUCGGAUACUUCGUCCCCCGUGUCACUGCCACUAUACAAUGACUUUAUCAUUGUGUCGGUUCUUUUGUUUUCAUGGCUAACGUUUUUGAUGUCUUUGCUCCAACAAUGACUUUUACAUAAUUUCUAGUCGUGCUUGUUAACUCGGUACAGUCAAGAUUCUCCAAGGUCAAAGAACGAUAAUCCAUGAUUAGUUAAUCAAUAACACUUCUUUAUUACUUGUGCUGUAAAUCUACGUUGAUGAUCUAGUGUUUGCAUUGGGAUUUAAUGUUUUAUCAAAAUGUUGAUGUUGAAAAGUUCUGUUUCCUAUGCAAAACAUGUAUCAGGUAUUUAGAAUUGUGAUAUGAUAAUUGCUUGUACACAAUUGUAUAAUGAUCAUGUACAGCUUGAUGGUAAAUUAAUUUUUUUUUUCAUUUCUUUUCCCCCAAAUUCAAUUCAGAGAAAAUUAAUAUGAAAAUGGACAAAUGAUUUCUGGAUAACAUGAAUAAUUAUUUGAGUGUUAGUUAUCUAUCAAUAUAUCUUGUAUACGUAGAGUACUUUGAAGUGGUAGGUGUUCAGAUUACCUGGAAUGUACACGUGUGGAUACAGGUAAUGUACACGUGUGGAUACAGGUAAUGUACACGUGUGGAUACAGGUAAUGUACACGUGUUAAUACAGGUAAUGUAUAAGUGUGGAUACCUAUAAUGUACACUUGUGUAUACCGUUAAUGUACACGUGUGGAUACAGGUAAUUUUCACAUGUGUAUACCUAUAAUGUACACAUGUGUAUACCUAUAAUGUACACGUGUGUAUACCUACAAUGUACACGUGUAGAUACAGGUAAUUAUCACAUGUGUAUACCUAUAAUGUACACGUGUGUAUAUCUAUAAUGUACACGUGUAGAUACAGGUAAUUUUCACAUGUGUAUACCUAUAAUGUACACGUGUGUAUACCUAUAAUGUACACGUGUAGAUACAGGUAAUUUUUACGUGUGUAUACCUAUAUACACGAUUGGAUACAGAUAAUGUGCCUAUUAUUUACACAUGUGUAUACCUAUAAUGUACACGUGUGUAUACCGAUAAUGUACAGGUGUGGAUACAGGUAAUUUUCACAUGUGUAUACCUAUAAUGUACACGUGUGUAUACCUAUAAUGUACACGUGUAGAUACAGGUGAUUUUCACAUGUGUAUACCUAUAAUGUACACGUGUAGAUACAGGUAAUUUUCACAUGUGUAUACCUAUAAUGUACACGUGUGUAUAUCUAUAAUGUACACGUGUAGAUACAGGUAAUUUUCACAUGUGUAUACCUAUAAUGUACACGUGUGUAUACCUAUAAUGUACACGUGUAGAUACAGGUAAUUUUUACGUGUGUAUACCUAUAUACACGAUUGGAUACAGAUAAUGUGCCUAUUAUUUACACAUGUGUAUACCUAUAAUGUACACGUGUGUAUACCUAUAAUGUACACAUGUGUAUACCUAUAAUGUACACGUGUGUAUACCUAUAUACACGAUUGGAUACAGGUAAUGUACUUAUUAGCUGUUUUUGAACACUCGUCUAAGUUGAGUGUUGUACAAUGUGUAUGAAUAACUUGCUGGUGUAUGUGUGUACUACUAGUGUUCUUGGUAAUUGUUGGUCAGUUUCUAUAAUAUAAAUCACGUGUAACAAUUGUGAAAUUCUAGUCCCGCUAUAUGUUUUGAAAAACUUUUAACAUUUUAAGUAUGUUGUCACAUGUUGUACGUUCUGAUAAAAGUUCAAAAUGUCCAUCUUCUAUGAAUACAAAUGCGUAACUGUAUGCAAUUUUAACGUAAUAUACGGGUACUGAAUUCCAUUUUAAAAGUUGAAGUUGUUGAUGAUUUUGUUAAUUUUCUGGUAAGUUCGGGCACGGACUUACGUCCGUGGUUCCAGUAUGUUCCGACACAGACUUCAGUCCUCGUUUUCUGGUAUGUUCCGGCACAGACUUCAGUCCGCGUUUUCUGGUAUGUUCCGGCACAGACUUAAAUCCGUGGUUCUGGUAUGUUCCGGCAUGGACUUAAGUCUGUGGUUCUGGUAUGUUCCGGCAUGGACUUAAGUCUGUGGUUCUGGUAUGUUCCGGCAUGGACUUAAGUCUGUGGUUCUGGUAAGUUCCGGCACAGACUUCAGUCCGCGUUUUCUGGUAUGUUCCGGCACAGACUUAAAUCCGUGGUUCUGGUAUGUUCCGGCAUGGACUUAAGUCUGUGGUUCUGGUAAGUUCCGGCAUGGACUUAAGUCUGUGGUUCUGGUAUGUUCCGGCAUGGACUUAAGUCUGUGGCACUGGUAUGUUUCGAUAUGCUUGAUUGACUGUAAUUUACCUUUGUUAUAUACUAUUAUACAGGUAUUAAAAUCAGGGGAAAUAUG